GUCAGAAGGAGGCAGCUCUCCCGCGCGCGAGAAGCCCCGCUGAAACCCUCAGCCGCUGCCCGGCUAAGUUCGCUGGGAGAGGAAGGUCGGCGCAACGCACGAGCUCUUCUUUGCGGCUCCCUGAGCUUCUCCUCCGCGCCUCCUCAGCCGCGGCGUUAUACUACCUACACGCUAAACGGAGGAGGAGCCUGAGUUUCCCCUUCGCUUCCUCCACUUCUCCUUGCAAGCCUUUUUCCGCGGAGGAGCUUCCGGCGCUCGUCUUUAUUUAUCGAUUUAUUUAUCGGCGUCUUUUUUUUCCUAGACAAACCUCUCCCCCUCCACCACCACUUCCUCGUCGAAGCCUGCUUGGGUGCAGGUGACACACCCUCCUCGCUCCUCCCCUCCAUUCACCCCGCUUCUCGGCGGCGGCGGCGGCAGCUCCCGAGCGUUCCCAGCAGGUUCUCCCUGCCUUGCCUCCGAGCUGGCCCGAAGGCAAAUGCCGGGGAAUCGGCUGGCCGAAGGAGAGGGGAGAAGCUGCCCUUCUUCUCUUUGCUGAGAGUCUCUCUCGCUCUCUCCUCUGGAGCAGAUCGGGCUCGGGGAGGGGAGGGAGGAGGAAAAAGGAGGGCGAGCGGCAGGAGUGCGCUUGUGGGGGACUCGAAGGCAAGAACAGCGGGCGAGGGCGCCGAAGGAGGAGGAGGAGGAAACGAAAAUCCGGCUCGCCCGCGCGGAUUGAGCAGGGCAGCGCUGUCCCCCAAAGAUGUCAUCGCAAGCAAAGUUCAAGAAAGACAAAGAGAUUAUCGCGGAAUAUGAAACUCAAGUGAAAGAAAUUCGUAUCCAGUUGGUGGAGCAGUUCAAAUGCCUAGAACAACAGUCUGAAUCCCGAUUGCAACUUUUGCAAGAUCUUCAGGAGUUUUUCCGCAGAAAGGCUGAGAUUGAGCUGGAAUAUUCCAGGAAUCUGGAAAAAUUAGCAGAAAGAUUUUCUUCCAAGAUUCGUAGCUCCAGAGAACACCAUCAGUUCAAGAAAGAUCAACACCUCCUUUCGCCUGUGAACUGCUGGUAUCUAGUGUUGACACAGACCCGAAGAGAGAGCAGAGACCAUGCCACACUGAACGAUAUCUUCAUGAAUAAUGUUAUUGUCAGACUUUCCCAGAUAAGUGAGGAUGUUAUUCGGCUGUUUAAAAAGAGUAAGGAAAUUGGUCUUCAGAUGCAUGAAGAACUCUUGAAGGUUACGAAUGAACUCUACACUGUGAUGAAGACCUAUCACAUGUACCAUGCUGAGAGCAUCAGUGCUGAGAGCAAGCUAAAGGAAGCUGAGAAGCAGGAAGAGAAGCAGUUCAACAAAGCAGGAGACAUCAGUGUGAACUUGCUGCGGCAUGAAGAUAGGCCUCAGCGCCGCAGCUCUGUUAAGAAGAUUGAGAAGAUGAAGGAAAAGAGGCAAGCAAAAUAUUCUGAAAACAAGCUCAAGUGCACUAAAGCUAGGAAUGAUUAUCUGCUGAACCUAGCAGCCACAAAUGCAGCGGUCAGUAAAUACUACAUCCAUGAUGUUUCCGAUCUAAUUGAU